CUCCUCCACCACCACCACCACCUUGCUUAGCAUUAGCUCCUCCAAGAUGGGUAGAUCUCCGUGUUGUGAGAAAGUGGGUUUGAAGAAAGGGCCAUGGACACCUGAGGAAGAUCAGAAACUCUUGGCUUACAUUGAAGAAAAUGGCCAUGGAAGCUGGAGAGCCUUGCCUGCUAAAGCUGGGUUGCAGAGAUGUGGGAAGAGCUGUAGAUUAAGAUGGACUAACUACCUUAGACCUGAUAUUAAGAGAGGAAAGUUCAGUUUACAGGAAGAACAGACCAUCAUUCAACUCCAUGCACUUUUAGGAAACAGGUGGUCAGCCAUAGCAACUCACUUGUCCAAGAGAACAGACAAUGAAAUAAAGAAUUACUGGAACACUCAUCUUAAGAAAAGGUUGGCAAAGAUGGGAAUCGAUCCCGUGACCCAUAAACCCAAGAAUGAUACACUGAGCUCUGUCGACGGCCAAUCUAAAACCGCCGCAAAUCUUAGCCACAUGGCUCAGUGGGAAAGUGCUCGUCUUGAAGCUGAAGCUCGAUUGGUUAGAGAGUCAAGGUUGAAGUCAACUUCCUUCCAACAACUCCAACCCUCCUCUUCCUCUUCCUCCGACCUUAACAAAACACCAACAGCAGCAUUACCGGGUGGAGCACCACCGGCGGAGCCGCUGUGUUUGGACGUACUCAAGGCUUGGCAAGGAGCAUGGUCAAAGUCAACGAAAGGUGGCUUAAUUGCCGGUCUAGGCAACGGUCCUGAUCUUGAAUCGCCUACUUCUACAUUGAGCUUCUCUGAGAACCCAAUUCCGAUUCAAAACGUGAGUAAUGCGGUGGACUAUUACGGCAACAAUAAUGAUAAUAAUGAAGGUAGAAUGGUGAAAGACGAAGGUGAAGAAGAGUGGAAAGGGUUUAAAGACUUCAAAGAUGUCGUGUUCGCCGUGGAAACACCUUGGUCGCCGGAAUCACGAAAAGAGGAAAACGGACAUGUGGGAGCUUCAAAUUUUAUGGAUGGGUUUGCGGAUCUUCUUCUCAAUAACGUAGAUGAGAAUAUUGAGUCUGAUAGAGGUGGAGAUUCUGAUAAUGGUGAUGGAACUGUUGGAAAGGAAGGGUUUAGUUAUGAAGAGAACAAGAAUUACUGGAACAAUAUACUCAAUUUGGUAAACUCUUCACCGUCCGAUUCGCCGGUUUUCUAGAA